GGAUGUUGGACUUCGCAGAGUCGUGAGAAUCAGGAAAAUCUAAUCUGAAUGGAGUCAGCAUAUUACUAUGUUCCAUUGUUUACCAUAUUGAGUUGCUUAAUAUCACAAGGAAAUUGCAUCAAAUGCUACAUAUGUAGCUUCUCACCAGAUGAUCGGAAUAACAGAACUGACAAAUGUACAGAAGAAAACUUUCAGCACUUAAAAGUGUACAGUGACGAAUGCACGUUGGGUUGUGAAUCUGUGAUUCAGUACGAUGCAAAUGAUGAGAUGGAGCAGUGGAGAAGAAAUUGUCUGCAAGAUGGUCAUAAACUUACCAACGACUGUCAAACUGAAACUACAGUUGCAUGGAGACUUGUUCGAUGUACUUGUGACAAAGAUCUUUGCAAUUCAUCGGGCAAAGCGGCUUUGCAUUAUGUGGUUGUGAUUCUUACAUUUUUUGUGCUAUUAACAAACCGACAACGCAUUCUGCAGUAA